AGAGAUGAAUGAUAAGAUCUAUGAGCACGGCCAGGCCACUCUGUCUCUGACUUUUUGACUUUAAACGUUCAAAGCCCUCUCCAUAUUAAUCUCUUCUCUAUUUAAUAAUUCCCUGUGUACCAAAGAAGCCAUUGCUAUUACUACUACUACUACAAGCAAGUUAAGAGAAAAACCAUAACUCAAUAACCCAAAAGCCAAAAUGUCGUGGCAAACGUAUGUGGACGAGCAUCUGAUGUGCGACAUCGAUGGCCAGGGGCAGCAUCUGACCGCCGCUGCCAUCAUCGGCCUCGACGGCAGCAUCUGGGCCCAGAGCUCUUCCUUCCCUCAGUUAAAGCCUCAGGAGAUUACUGAUAUCACCAAGGAUUUCGAGGAACCAGGCCAUCUUGCUCCUACAGGCUUACACCUUUCCGGCACUAAGUACAUGGUCAUCCAGGGAGAGCCUGGAGCUGUCAUCCGUGGAAAAAAGGGGUCUGGGGGUGUGACCAUAAAGAAAACUGGUCAAGCACUAAUUUUUGGCAUAUAUGAAGAACCAGUAACUCCAGGACAGUGCAACAUGGUCGUUGAGAGGUUGGGUGAUUACCUUGUUGAUCAGGGCCUCUAAGCUAAUGUCUAUGAUCAGCAUUCAAGUUAUCUCUUUUGCGUUAUAAUUUUUGGGAAAUUUUAAUUUUGUAUUCUUUUUCUUUUUCAUAAUUCUUCUUUAUUUUUAUUAUAUUUUUUUGGGUUCCGAGUUUGCAUCUCUUUCAUUUGAAAAAGUCUUCAAAUGGCUAUGAAGUUGUUGUUGACAAUAACCAUGCAAGAACACAUAAAAUGCUUGUUUGGUGUUUAGUUUUUUUU